CUGGCUGGUAGCAGUUGAUGGAAUAUUGUUUGUGCUGGCUGUUAUUCCCCUGUUAUUGAUGCCGGAUUCUCCGAGGUACUUCCUCGUCAAUAAAAGAGACGAGGAAAAAGCAAAAGAGAGUCUCAAAUGGUUGGCAAAGAUCAAUGGGAGUGAUUUUGAUAUUGAUACAGUCAUAUUAAACGACGUUGAGUUGACAGCCGAAAAGACCCAAGCACCAGAGCCAACAUUUUUAGAGGCGAUGAAAGAUUUUAUGAAGUACAAAGAACUACUAGUCCAACUGGGGAUACAGAUGUGGUUGUGGCUGGUGGCAGGCUUCCUCUACUACGGCUUCAGCUUCAGCUGGUCAGAGUUGGGUAACAACAUCUACAUCAGUUACGUGUUCGCGGCUGUUGGAGAGAUUAUCGCAUAUUUGGGUAUGGGAUUCCCUUUUAGGUAUUUGGGGAGGAGAAUAUCAAUCAUGAUAUAUUACUUAGUCGCCAGUGGAACAUUCCUGGUGGCCCUUAUCCCCUUACAACUGAGUUCCUCCUUCUCAUUAGAGCAGCUGAGCUGUCUGAUUGGAAGUAUGUUUGUAGCUGCCACCUUCUGUGGUAUCUACUUGUACACCAUGGAGCUUGCUCCAACUUCUCACAGAGGCAAGAUGCUGGGUUACAGCUCCUUUGCUGCAAGGAUAGGAUCGUUCUGUGGUCCCCAAGCGUCCCUGUUGUUCUCCUGGAACAAGCCCGGAACUCUGAUACUGUUCGCAGUACUAGCUGCAUCAGCUGGACUGCUCUGUUACAGAUUACCGGACACUAAGGAUGUUCCUACUCCUAGCACUGCAGCCGAGGUACAACGACGAAAAGAUGAGAAAGAUGGCAGGGUACAAGCUACUGUGGUAGAAAACAAAUAUGCUGCUGAACUGCCCUAAUUGCAGUUUCAAUUAUCUGUCUCACGUGACGAGACUGUAUUUAAGAAACUGUGUUAUGUGGGGAAACUAACCGUUCACUAGAUUUUACUAUCAACAAGACUGUAGUAAUGAAGCUUACAGGGUUAAUUUACAGUCCAUAACAAUUGUGACUUGAAUAUAAACUAAUCGAUUGUUUGUUAAGUAUGUAUUGUUUCGAUGUUUUGGUUGA